AUGAUAGAAGACGUUUUAAAUCAAAUUCUACCUGUCGUUGGCUUUUCUUCACUCGUAUCGUCCAUUUUCAUUGCCUUGGUACUAUUCAAAGGCAAAACAACCUUCAGAUUUCUACUAUUUCUAGCCAUAUUAGAUAUUUUACAAGGAGCAUCUACCAUAUAUGCGGGGUUGUAUGGAGUUUUCAUCAGCAUUUAUGGCGAGAAAGGCGAAAAGACAAUUAGGCCAUUCAAAUGCUUUCUAACUGCUUUUCAUAAUAUAAUAUGGGCUUUCACUGAUGUGUCAUCUAUCCUUCUACUUCUUCUCUUCUCAAUUGACCGUGUUCUACAGAUGAUCAUCCCAGUACAAUACAAAAAGGUAUCUGACAUAUACUUGUCAUGGAGAGGCUUCAUCGUUUACCUGUUUAUAUCUGCAACAGCUUCUAUUCCAGCUUUCCAGUUUGCAAUGACGACAUCAAGCAAUUCCUCAAUGGUUAUCAACACCGCGUGUCGACAUAAUGAAGUGGUUGGAGAAGAAUAUUAUAAUCAACACAUCCUUUCAUAUCAAAUUUUUCCAUUUAUCGCUUUAAUUAUAUUAAUUAUAUCUUUACUUCUAAAAGGAAUACGUGAAACAAGCCCUAAAUGGAGUUAUAACUGGUCAGAAGACCGUGUUGACUCUAAACAGUUGUUUACCGCUUGUUUUCUGAGAAGUGUGCUGACCUGCUGCUCGAUUUACUUGCCCGCUACAGUACUACCUGAACGAUUUGUAUCUCCAUCUGGUGGUCUCAUCGACUACUCUUUGAGAACUUUUUAUUGUAUUUUCGUUCCAACUUUACAACCUCUGAUUUAUACCUUCUUCGUGCCUGUUUUCAAUACACGAGUGCAGCUGGUAUUCAAUCGCUAUAGUCACAGUACUAAAAGAGAAUGGCUAAGUGCAUCUGAUCCACCCCCAGCUCCAGGAGAAGUAAAAGAUAAAUACGGUGAGGUAAAUCCGUUUGGAUCAUGGUAUUCGUCGACUGGAAAUGUAGUUGGAGAAGCUGGUCUGCCAAUGGAAAUGAAAUCAAAUAUUGAGAGAAAAUAG